AUGACAGUAUUCCAGGCCAAAAAGUAUCGAAGUGCCGCAGAUGCCAAUACAUUCGCAGUACGAUACCGCGCAUUGAUGGCGAAGCAUCCCUUCUUACUGUUCGGCUUGCCAUUUAUGUCCAUCAUCGUGGCAGGUUCCUUCGUCCUUACUCCAGCUACCGCCGUAAGGUAUGAAAAGCAUGACCGACGAGUCAGGCAAAUGACUCGAGAGGAAGAACUGGGUGUUACCAAAGGAGGGCGCAGAGUUAAUAUCAAGGACGAAUAUUAUAGGCUGGCUGCGAAAGACCUCGACAACUGGGAGCAAAAGCGUGUCAAGAGACUUCCCGGAGAACACGACGGCGUAUUAUAG